AGUCCGCUGUUGCUGCUCCGCCAGCGCACACUGCCUGCCCUCUUCACACAGACUGUUGCUCUACGAUAUAUUACUCAUAAUAAUGCACGGCCAUGACACUCUGCUGCUUUUCUUGACUUUUAUUUUCUUUCGCAUCGGACUGAAGGCAACAUCAGCGCAAUCUGCCAUGUACGAGACAGAGGUAGUCGUACCGCAGGAGCUGCGGCCGGACGAGGUGCACCUGCUCCAGGGAGCCUACAGGUGGAGCAGGGGUCGCAGACGACGCUCGGACCAUCAGCAGGAGGACCACCUGUUUCUACGGCUGCCUGCUUUCGGAAAGGAGCUUUACUUGCAGCUCCAGAGGGAUGACUCUUUCCUGGCUGAGGGGUUUGUGACGGAGGAGAGGAGCGAGGAGGGCAGCGUUCAGCAUGAGCCUGUUCUAAGGGUCCGACAGUGUUUUUAUACCGGAGCCGUUCUCAAUCACACAGACUCAUUCGCCUCAUUGGAUGCUUGUGGUGGACUGACUGGCCUGGUUCAGACUGAAGAGGAAAGACUGUUCAUCGAGCCAGUGGGCCAGGCCGCGGAUUCUUUCUCUGGCUGGGAACACCGAGUGAUCCGGGAAAAGCAUUCUUCAUCGGACGGACCUGCGACUGCCGAAAACAGCAGCCCGAAGUUCUGCCAAACCAUCCAAGACAAGAAGAAGGAGAAAAGGGCAAAUGGAGCAGAGGAGGUGCGUGGCAGGAGGAACGCCAUCAGGCUGAGCAGAGAGUACACUGUGGAGACGGUCGUGGUCGCCGAUGCUAACAUGGUGCAGUAUCACGGAGCUGAGGCAGCUCAACGCUUUCUGCUCACCGUUAUGAACAUGGUGUAUAACAUGUUUCAACACCAGAGUUUGGGAGUGAGGCUCCACAUCCGGGUCACCAAGUUGGUUCUCCUGCACACCCGUCCAGAAAAGCUGAAGGUGGGCCAUCAUGGAGAAAAAGCCCUGGAGAGCUUCUGUCUCUGGCAGCAUGAGGAAUACGGCGCACGAUACCUGGGAAACAAUCACGUUCCUGGAAGCAGAGAUGACCCUCCUCCUGUGGAUGUGGCUGUGCUUGUUACCAGAACAGAUUUUUGCGUCCACAAAGAUGAGCCUUGUGACACAGUUGGAAUCGCUUAUCUGGGCGGCACCUGUAGCUCCAAGAGGAAGUGUGUGCUGGCGGAGGACAACGGACUCAACCUGGCCUUCACCAUCGCUCAUGAGCUGGGCCACAACAUGGGCAUGAGCCAUGAUGACGAUCACGCCACCUGCACGGGACACUCUCACAUCAUGUCCGGGGAAUGGGUCAAAGGUCGCAACCCCAGUGACCUCUCCUGGUCCAGCUGCAGUCGUGACGACCUGGAGAAGUUCCUCAGAUCAAAAGCAAGUGCCUGUUUGCUGCAUACCGACCCACGUAACCGCUACCUCAUCCGUCUGCCGGCCAAGCUGCCCGGGAUGCACUACAGCGCUGACGAGCAGUGCCAGAUCCUGUUCGGCACCAACGCUACUUUCUGCACUGAUAUGGAGCACCUGAUGUGUGCUGGUCUCUGGUGUUUGGUGGAAGGAGACACGUCAUGUAAAACCAAACUAGAUCCACCGCUGGACGGCACAGAAUGUGGGGCCGACAAGUGGUGCAGGGCUGGUGAGUGUGUCAGUAAGACGCCCAUCCCGCAGCAUGUGGACGGAGACUGGAGUCCGUGGAGCACGUGGAGCAUGUGCAGCCGAACGUGUGGCACAGGAGCGCGUUUCAGACAGAGGAAAUGCGACAACCCCCCGCCCGGUCCAGGAGGGAAGUACUGUCAGAAGGCCAAUGUGGAGCACAAAGUGUGCGAAGGGCCACCGUGUUCGAAGGGUCUGCCCACAUUUAGAGACCAGCAGUGUCAGUCUCAUGACCGGCAGGCCAGUAAGAAGAAAAGCCAGAUGUGGACAGCUGUGAUAGAUGAUGAAAAGCCAUGUGCUCUAUAUUGUUCACCCGUCGGCAGUGAUGCACCGGUAUUAGUGGCAGAACGUGUGCUGGACGGAACGCCAUGUGGACCUUACGAGAGCGACCUGUGUGUGAGCGGAAAAUGUCAGAAAAUCGGCUGUGACGGCAUCAUCGGCUCCUCUGCAAAAGAAGACAGAUGCGGCGUCUGCAACGGUGACGGCAAAUCCUGCAGGAUCGUCAAAGGAGACUUCAAUCACUCCAAAGGGAUGGUCCCUCAUAGCCUUUGUAAGAAGGUUUCUACGUGUGUGAUGUCGAAACCCAGAGCUGUUCUCAAGUGUUUCUCAUGUUACAUCGAGGCAGCUGUCAUUCCGGUGGGAGCUCGGCGAAUCAAAGUUGUGGAAGACAAACCGUCCCAUAGCUUUCUGGCUCUGAAGGACUCCAGCAAGCGAUCCAUAAACAAUGACUGGAAAAUCGAGCUGCCAGGGGAGUUUGAGCUUGCUGGCACCACGGUCCGCUACGUGAGGAGAGGACUGUGGGAAAAGAUGUCUGCCAAGGGACCUACUAAGACUCCACUCCACCUCAUGGUUCUGCUGUUCCACGAUCAGACGUAUGGGAUCCAUUAUGAGUACACGGUUGCCCUGAACCAGUCACAGGAGAACAUCAGUGAUCCGGUGAAGGAGCCAGAACACAUGUACCUGUGGACUCACAGCAGCUGGGAGGACUGCAGCGUGCACUGCGGAGGAGGGGAGAGAAGGACCGUGGUCUCGUGUAUGAGAAUCGUUAAUAAGACCAUGACUCAAGUCAACGACAGCUACUGUCAGGUGGAGAACAGACCCGCGCCUCAAAUCCGCCGCUGCAACAUCCACCCCUGCCAAUACAGGUGGGUGACUGGCGAUUGGUCUCAGUGUUCAGUAACCUGCGGGAAAGGCUUGCAGCAGAGAGAAGUUGGCUGCGUGUACCAGCUGCAAAAUGGCACGUACAUCCCCACCAGAGACCUGUACUGUCUGAGCUCCAAACCAGCCAGCGUACAGCACUGCGAGGGACGCCACUGCCUCACUGUAUGGGAGGCCUCCGAAUGGUCCAAGUGUUCCUCUGAAUGUGGUCGCGGCAGCAGGAAGAGGACAGUGACCUGCACCAAUCCUCAGGGUCUAUGUGAUCCCGUGUCUCGUCCCGCAGAGGUGGAGACGUGUGAGGAUCACUCCAAAUGUUACGAGUGGAAGACCGGCGAAUGGUCCAAGUGCUCAUCAUCCUGUGGGCGGGGCUUGCAGUCCAGAGUGGUCCAGUGCAUGCACAAAGUGACCGGUCGCCAUGGCAGCGACUGCCCAGUAGUCCUGAAGCCCACCGCAUACAAACAGUGUCAUCUUGGGACGUGUAAUGUGAAAGUCAACGUGAACACCAUCACCUCCCCUAGACUGGCUGCAUUGACGUACAAGUGCACAGGGGAUCAGUGGGCGGUUUACUGCAGGGUGAUCCGAGAGAAGAACCUGUGCCAGGACAUGCGCUGGUACCAACGCUGCUGCCAGACCUGCAGAGACUUUUACACCAACAAAAUGCCCCCUAAGAGUUAAUGACCCUGGCGCUCCCACACAUAGAGGUUUAUUUUUGCCUUCUCCAUUUGUACUGUCAAAAAUAAUGUUUUAUAUUCUUAUUAAAAAUGUUAUUACGUGAAAAAAAUGCAAAAUGAAAGCAGUGGAACAGAAAUUUCCAGCAGAACACACUCUAUGCAAGUACGUAAACGUGACCGUUUUUUUUAAACUAUGCAUUAACUGCAUCACCCCCCUGCACUGAGUAUGUACUUGCAGUGUGUUAGCCAAGCGUUUGCGUACUUGCAUUACGUUCGGUUCUUGUUUUCGGACUUGAAGGUUUCUUGUUUUGUCAUGUUUUGCUGUAAUCCACACUUUGGCCCUGGAAGUGAUUCCUUCAGCAUACUGACCUGCCUGUUGCACUGUGGGUAAAACUCAUUUCACCAAAAAUUGCUUUCUUGAGGCCACUGGUUGGCCAAUAACCAAUGGACUUUGUAACAACAGCUUAUUGUUUUAUUUUUUUCCACAUCUGUAUCAACAAUAUUUUGUCUUGUUUUUGAUUUUAUUUCUUAUUUAGUAUUAUAAUUACCUGUGUUGUUAUAUUGGCUCUGUAACCAAAACCUAGUGAGCUUUCCUGCUCCUUGAAUCUCAGUUGAUUUCAAUAGUUAGAAUUGGCAAUAAUGCAUGCAUGCAAUAAUAGCAUAAUUAUAAUAAUCUAUUUUUAGAAGAAUGCAUAUUUGUAAUAAUAGAUUAGGCAAUGCAUUAUGGCAUCCAUGAUUGUAUAAUACCUACCAUAAUGCAUAACAUAAUUUAGCAUAAUCUAUUAUUGCAUGCAUGCAAUAACAGCAUAAUCUAUUUUUAGAAUAAUUCAUGCAUGCAAUAAUGGCAUAAUUUAUUUUUGCAUGCAUGCAAUAAUAGCAUAAUCUAUGUUUAGAAUAAUGAAUGCAUGCAAUAAUAGAUUAUGCAAUGCAUUAUGGCAUGCAUGAUUCUAUACGACCUACCAUAAUGCAUAAUUAAUUUAUCAUAAUCUAUUAUUGCAUGCAUGCAUGUGGCAAUGGCAUAUUCUAUUUUUGCAUGCAUCCAAUAACAGCAUAAUCUAUUUUUUAAGAUAAUGCAUGCAUGUAAUUAUAUAUUAUACAAUGCAUUAUGUAGUGCAUGGUUGUAUAAAAAAAACAGACAAUGCAUAACAUAAUCUAGCAUAAUCUAUUUUUGCAUGCAUGCAAUAAUAGCAUAAUCUAUUUUUAGAACAAUGUAUGCAUGCAGUAAUGCCAUUAUCUAUUCUUGCUUGCAUGCAAUAAUAGCAUAAUCUCUUUUUGCAUGCAAUAAUAGAUUAUGCAAUGCAUUAUGGCAUGCAUGAUUGUGUAAGACCUGUCAUAAUGCAUAACAUAAUCUAGCAUAAUCUGUUUUUGCAUGCAAGCAAUAAUAGCAUAAUCUAUUUUUACAUUAAUGCAUGCACGCAACAAUAGAUUAUGCAGUGCAUUAUGGUAGGUCUUAUUCUCUGCAUCUUCAGCAAAAGAAGUCAUCUUAGAAGGCAGCAUAAUCAUGCUACCUACCUUUUUGAACAGCUCUCACACUGAGAGCCUUAAAAUACUGCCUACAUAGGCAGCUCACUAGGUUUUGGAAAAGAGCUGAAGUAGCUUGUGUUAUUUAAUUCAUCAAGAGCCAUCGCGAUGCAGCCAAGCUGAUAAUAAGUGACACAUUUGAAUAGUUCUCCUCUUUAAGGUUUAUGUACUUUACAUCAAACUGUGGCUAAUUAGUGACUCUCUCAGAGAGGACACAGAAUUUCACCUUUGUUUCUCACAGUGAUCAUAUUUACCACGCUUUCUAUGUGUUUUAGAAACUUGAUGUGUUUCAUAUAUUUUAGCAUAGCAAAGUACAUGAUCUCCACUGCAUUGUAAGAAGGUGAGUCUCCAUUGGGCUGUGCUUCAUUAGUUUACCCCAAAAUGAAAAUGUUGCCCUUAUUUAGUCACCCUCAUGUCAUUCUGAACCACUAUGCUGAUCUUAUGGUGCUUUUUGGUCUUUCUUGAAGCCUAUAUGCUUUUCACAUUAUAUAAAAAAUUGCAUUAACAUACUUCAAAGAAUCUCUUUUCAUAUUCCUCAAUAUAAAGAAAGUAAUACAGGUUUGGAAGGACAUGAGGAUAAAUAAAUGCUUUUUUUUUAUUUUGGGGUGCGCUGUUCCUUUAAAGGCACAGGUCGUUUAUGCGUCCAAUGUCAGAAUCAUCUAUUAUAGUCUGAUGGUGCUGCAGUGCCAUAUUUAAUGCACUCAAAACACACUAAGAGCUACUUUAGUCUUUUUUGCUUGUAUAUCUGAUUCAUUUCUCAUCAGUAUGAGAUAACAAUGCCUUCCUUUAAAAUCAAAUUAUUAAUUGUAGUUCUUACUUUGUGCAAUUUUAUUUGACAGAAUUUUAGAAUAAUAGCACAAUCCAUAUCUCGUAAUUAAGAUCUAAAUGCAAUUGAAAGAGUUUACAAGGUACUUCGCAGUCAUGAUGUGUUGAGUAAAUGUGAAAUUUUAGGUUUGUACUUCAUAAAACCCCCAAGGCCGAGGGUGACACUGCAUAUGUGUGCAUGAGAGACUCUGUUUCAAAACCUAUUCGCGAGCUACCUUUUAAGACAGCAACCUCACUAGUAACCAAAUUGGCAUGCACUUCAAAGGCAAUUGAGGUAAGCGCAAAUGCAUAGCAUACAUAUUGACCUUCACACACCGUUGAUGCCUGUAAAUGCUCACUAGGUUUUGGAACAGAGCGUAUAUGUGUGUGUUCGAGACCUUGGCUCCCAAUGCACAAGGUCACAACAGGUGCUAGACAAAUUUCACUACUGUGAAAUUCAGCAGUUUCUCCACGUUUUGUUCUUGUACUUUUGUAUGUAUUUAAAUGAAACGUUUUUUUUUUCUAAAUGUUUGUUAGGAUUAUUUAAUACAUAAUGUAUCUACCUGCUUCUGUAAGAACUAUUUGGUGCAUCAGCUUCAUGUUCCAGGUAUGGUGAAUAUUACAUCUGUAUUCCAGUACUGUAUGUCAGUAGUUGCACACGUGAUCGGUACUUAAACUGCCACUUCUUCUGAUGGUGCUAAUUUGAACAUUUCAGACUGUUCAUACAAAAAAAUGUAAUAAUAAUAAAUUUAUAUCCUGUAUUAUGA